CAGCGGAGCUUUCCUCAGCUCUUGUUUUGGGACCGCAGCCUCCGCCGAAGCGCCAUGGCUCCUAGGAAGGACAGCAGUCGGGCGGCCAAGACCAACUCCUUACGGAGCCGGAAACUCGCCUCCUUUCUUAAGGACUUCGACCGAGAAGUGGAAAUACGAAUCAAGCAAAUUGAGUCAGACAGGCAGAACCUCCUCAAGGAGGUGGAUAAUCUCUACAACAUCGAGAUCCUGCGGCUCCCCAAGGCGCUGCGCGAGAUGAACUGGCUCGACUACUUCGCCCUUGGAGGAAACAAACAGGCCCUGGAAGAGGCAGCAACAGCUGACCUGGAUAUCACUGAAAUAAACAAACUAACAGCAGAAGCUAUUCAGACACCUCUGAAAUCUGCCAAAACACGCAAAGUAAUACAAGUGAACGAAAUGAUAGUGGAAGAAGAAGAAGAAGAAAAUAAACAUAAGAAUCCUCAAACUGCAAGGGUUAAAAGGUGUCCUCCAUCCAAGAAGAGAACCCAGUCCAUACAAGGAAAAGGCAAAAGGAAAAGGUCAAGCCGUGCUAACACUGUUACCCCAGCUGUGGGCCGAUUGGAGGUGUCCAUGGUAAAACCAACUCCAGGCCUGACACCCAGGUUUGAUUCAAGGGUGUUCAAGACGCCUGGCCUGCGUACUCCAGCAGCAGGAGAGCGGAUUUACAAUAUCUCAGGGAAUGGCAGCCCUCUUGCUGACAGCAAAGAGAUCUUCCUCACUGUGCCAGUGGGCGGCGGAGAGAGCAUGCGAUUAUUGGCCAGUGAUUUGCAGAGGUUCAAUAUUGCACAACUGGAUCCAGAGGCCUUGGGAAACAUUAAGAAGCUUUCUAGCCGUCUUGCCCAAAUCUGCAGCAGCAUACGGUCCCACAAGUGAGAAGCAAAACUUGAUAGGAUGGACUUUGAAUGGGCACUUCUAGGACUCUAACAGACUCCUUCCCUUUGGGCUUACUGUUUGUGUGUGAAGUUCCAAAGCAGGGAGCGGUGUUCCUCUUGGGGAAUUCAGGAAGGGGGAGACACAUUGUUCCCACAUCAGUUAGAUAAAGCUUUGUUGUUCAGCCCCCCAGCCCAGGUGACCCCAGCCACUGCCUGCUGCAUCAUGCAAUGGAAACUUCCAGUCAUUCUCCCAGCUGAAUUCUCCCUGCUCUCUGAGCUACUGCCUUCUGCCUCCUGUAACUCAUCAUCCUCUUUGCCCUGCCCUACCUGCGACAGAGUUGGUGAAAGAACCCCAU